UUUUUUCAAUGAGAUAAGCGGCUAACUUUCACUUUCGUUUUGAUCAUGUGCGAUGACUCUCGUUGUGAAAAACUUGCAAAAAGUUGUUGAUUUUAACAUUGGUUUACUGGAAAACCAUGUGAUGUUAUUGAGAAGGUUGAUGGACAUAACUUCUUUCGAUUUAGCUAUUGUUUGUUAUGACAAGAAAUCAAUUCAUAGACUGAAUAAGACUUACAGAGGUGUGGAUGAAUCAACAGAUGUUUUAGCUUUUCCUUUUAUAGAGGUAUUCAAGCCAGGUGUUCUUCCAUUUAUAAAAGAUCCCGAAGAAAGGAUUCUCGGUGAUAUCGUACUAGGCAUACCGUAUAUAAAGGAAAAUCUAGGAGAGAAAGAGAAACUAGAAGAGGUUUUACCGGUUAUGGUUACCCACGGAAUCUGUCAUCUGAUUGGAUACGACCACGAAGAUGAGGUUCAGUGGAAACAAAUGUACCAAAAAGAACUUAACAUACUUCAGAAAUUUAACAAUCAGACCGGUUAUUACUGCAAACCAUUAUUAGGCGUGGGACACUUUAUUCAAUGAACUGGGAUUUCCUUGCAGAACGCAAGGGACCUGUUUGGUCAUAGAUCAUCCUACUCUUCUUGGAUAAUGUCCGAUGAAAGCCACGAGAGGCGAGACAUUUUCUUACGGCUAACAGUAAUAUUGACAAUUUUGUGUUAAUUUCUUUUUCAACAAGGUCAACCAACAUUUUAGAACUUUUUUGCGUAGCUUAUAAUAUGAUCUUAUCGGCCAAUUUGUGUCACCUUACCUUGAUUUUAUUUGCGUGGUUAUAUUUGGUAUGCAUAAUUACUGAUCAACAUGAAUGCUAAGAAUGAGGCCAAGUAAACCACAUGUUCUAACUAAGUGUGUCAAUUUUUAGUAUGUGGAAUGUUCUGAAAGAGGUACAUGUCAAAUGGACUUGACCAACCUUAAAUUUAAGUAUAGGUUGGAUUGUAUAACCUCACUGUUGAAAACAAUAAAAAGCAUUAUUAUGACAGAA